AUCUUGCUUGCAAAUAGACCCUAUCAAUUCCCGGUCAGGAAUCUAAAACAUUGAUUGCGUCUCAUAUUUUCCAAAUGGAUAAUCUCAAACUAAAUGGGAACGCCACUUUAAGAAUAAAUACAGAAGCCAUGGCCCACCCUGUACCUGUUUUUGGUGGUUAAAUCCAACUGCCUUACUCAAACUCCGAGGAAAAAAAGAAGUAAUUAACUUCAAAUGGCAGUUCUCCAAUCGGAUCUCCGUUCGGGUACCGUGUUUCGCCUUAUUCCGUUACGUUCCCACUUGGGUCGGCCUCCGAUUUUGGUCAGAGUCGGUACGUGGAACGGUGGUGGUGGCUGUGGCGUGCAUGCCGCGAAGAGAGAAGACACUGAGGUGAAGAUGGAAAAGAUGAAGCCUAAGAUCUGUACGGCCGAUGAGCUCCAUUAUGUUGCCGUUUCGAACUCUGAUUGGCGCCUUGCUCUCUGGCGCUACCUGCCUCCUCCCAAGAGUCCACCGAGGAAUCAUCCGCUGUUGCUGUUAUCAGGAAUUGGAACAAACGCCAUUGGCUAUGAUCUUUCUCCUCAGUCCUCAUUUGCACGCUUUAUGUCUGGCCAAGGAUUUGAUACAUGGAUUCUUGAAGUUAGAGGUGCUGGGCUCAGCACACAUGAGGUAGACUUUACAGAAGUUACAGACACUCUUGAAGAUUCUGAUGUCAGAUCCGUCAAUGUGAAGAAGACCAGGAUGUUCUCUGAAAAGGAACAAUCAAGAUCAGCAUCUAAAUUAUCAGAAACUGUUGUGCAUUUAUCUGAAAGAUUUUUAGGUUUUCUGAAUGAAGGUCCACAGUCAGUUACACCGCAGUUAUUUGAGUUGCAAGAGAGGCUCUAUACAUCAAUAGGAGGCUUCCAGAGACAACUUGACUUGAUCAUGAAGAAUGAUUGGGACUUUGAUCACUACCUGGAAGAGGAUGUUCCUGCAGUGAUGGAGUACAUAAGAACUUUAAGCAAGCCAGAGGAUGGCAAGUUGCUUGCGAUUGGUCACUCCAUGGGAGGAAUCUUGCUAUAUGCUAUGCUAUCACGAUAUGGUUUUGAAGGAAAGGAUUCUGGGUUGGCAUCAGUCACUACUUUGGCAUCAUCACUCGACUACAGGCCUUCAAAAUCAUCACUCAAAUUGCUCUUACCUCUGGCAGAUCCUAUACAAGCCCUGAAUGUUCCUGCUGUCCCUCUUGGAGUGAUUCUUGCUGCAGCUCAUCCUUUUGCAUCUCGUCCUCCCUAUCUCUUGUCUUGGCUAAAUGCUCUCAUUUCUGCAGAGGACAUGAUGCAUCCAGAGUUGUUUGAAAAACUUAUUUUCAACAACUUUGGCAACAUACCCUCCAAGCUUCUCUUGCAGCUAUCAACAGUCUUCCAAGAAGGUGGAUUGUCUGACAGGAAUGGGACAUUUUUUUACAAGGACCACCUAGGCAAAAGUAAUGUCCCAGUGUUGGCGCUUGCUGGAGACCAAGAUCUAAUUUGUCCAUCCGAAGCUGUAUACGAAACACUGAAGCUCCUUCCUAAGCAUUUGACUACUUAUAGAGUUUUUGGAGAACCCAGCGGGCCACACUACGCUCAUUAUGAUUUAGUGGGAGGGCGUUUGGCAGUAGAACAAGUUUAUCCGUGUAUUAUUGACUUUCUCUCUCGCCAUGAUAUAUGACCUAAUACUCUUAUACUUUACUACUGGAUCCCUGAGAGAUGAAGGAUUCCGAUGGAGAUUCUAAUCAGAAUGCAAUGUGAAGUAAAGAACCGGUUUCAGGAAAUACAACCUGCUAUGAACAUUGGUUGUAUAUAAGAUAGAAAUGUAAAUUCCAUAGCAAUAUAAAAUUACAUCACGUGUAUUUAAAAACUGCCCAUCAUUGGGAAACAACCAGAGGUUGAGGCUUCUUCACACCAAAGAAUGAAUUCUUGUUUAUGUAUUGGAAACAAAGAUCUAUACAACAAAUAGAGAGAUGUAAGCUAAA